UUGUGUGGUGGGGGGUGGAACUGAGGAGGAGAUUGGCAUAUUUAUGCACAGCUUGUAACUGAAAGCUGCACAAUGACUGAGGUGCACACUAGAGGUGGCACUGUGGGGGCUGAUUUCCGGACUAUAACCGGUUUGGGUAGGGAAAGCAAGGGCUGUUAUCUGCAGCUUUGCAGAGUAUUAGCUGGAGGGGAGCCUGCUGGCUGGAGUUUGCUUCUUUCGGUCCAACACUCACUCACAUUUCUGCAAGAUCACGGAGUUGCCGAGCUUGGUGCCGAACUGCCGAGCUUGGUGGCGAACUGCCGAGCUCGGUGCCGAACUGCCGUGCUUGGUGGCGAACUGCCGAGCUCGGUGCCGAACUGCCGUGCUUGGUGGCGAACUGCCGAGCUCGGUGCCGAACUGCCGUGCUUGGUGGCUGCUCGUUUGGCUGGUGUGAGCCGUGGAGUGCAGGGAUAAAGCAACCUCUUACCUUUCUUUUUUUUCGGGACAAGAGGCUGACUCUUCUCGGUUGCUGUCUCGUCUGUUCAGCCCAACGGGCCAUCGGAAACUGGGCCGAAACCAUGCUAGAAGAAGGGCCCGAAGCUAGUAGUUUCAUUU